AUGAGUUCAUCAAACGUCACCAGCUCGUCCAACUUCUGGGACUUCGUGUUCACCGAGCUGGCGGAUCCGCGGACCAACCACUGGCCGCUGAUAUCGUCCCCGGUGCCCGGCCUGACCAUCAUCGCCUGCUACCUGUACUUCGUGCUCAACUUCGGCCCCAAGUACAUGGCCAACCGAAAGCCGUUCCAGAUGCAGAAGACCCUGGUCGUGUACAACUUCAUUCAGGUGCUAGUCAGCAUAUAUCUGUUCGCAGAGGGUCUCGAUGGAGCUUGGCUACGGCACUACAGCUGGAGAUGCCAACCGGUGGACUUUAACGACAAUCCUGCCGCCAUGAGGGUUGCGCGAGGUUGCUACAUCUACUUCCUGGCCAAAAUCUCCGAGCUGCUGGACACGGUGUUCUUCACCCUGCGGAAGAAGGACAACCAGAUCACGUUCCUGCACCUGUACCACCACACGGUGAUGCCCAUGAUCUCGUGGGGCGCCACCAAGUACUAUCCUGGAGGACAUGGAACAUUCAUCGGUGUGAUCAACUCGUUCGUGCACAUCAUUAUGUACACCUACUACAUGAUGGCCGCCAUGGGUCCUCAGUACCAGAAGUAUCUCUGGUGGAAGAAGUACAUCACCAACAUCCAGAUGAUCCAGUUCGGUAUGGCUUUCGGCCACUCCGCUCAGCUGCUCUGGACCGACUGUGGUUACCCGCGCUGGUCGGUGUUCUUCACCCUCCCGAACGCGAUCUUCUUCUACAUGCUGUUCAACGACUUCUACAAGAAAUCGUACGGCAACAAAAAGGCUGCCGCUGCCGCCGCCGCUGCUAAACAGCUACAACAGUCCUCCGAAACCUCCGAAACCAAAACUGCCGAAAACAACAACUCGCCAAAAAUUGCCAGCAAAGAACUGUGA